AUGUCGUCAGCCGACGACAAACAACCCGCAAAGCCGUCUUCAACUCCAGAUGAGCCUCCUUCGCGAUUAGCAGGCGCUACGCGCAACGCAACAUUCUCCGAAUGGUGGCAGGCCGCCAAGACUAUUCGGCCAGACGACUUUCGAAAUAUCGAGCAAGUACCGUGUGCGCGGCAGAGUUUGAUGUACGGAAUUGCCGGAGGUACCGCUAUUGGGUGUACACGGUAUCUUACCUCAAACCCGAGGAUCGCAAGUAAUUGGGCUGUCGCCUCGUUUGUGCUCAUUUCUGCAUUUUCCUGGCGUCGCUGUCGGUCGAUCCAGACCUCUCAAAUGGAGCAAAUGCGAGCAGUGAAGGAGCAGCUAGCGGAAAAGGCUAGGAGGCGCUCUGCAAUCCGAAAAGAACGUUCGACAUCUGCAGAAACCUCUAUGGAACAAGCGGGCCCAUGA